GGAGAGAGUGAUACUGAUGUAAAGGAAGGAUCAGAUUCAGAUGAUGGAUGUAGAGAGAUCAUCGAUGUGCUAUUUCGUGGUGAAUUUUCUACUUGAAGAGAUUUACUUAUUAACGGCAUUUGAGUUGCUAGACCGCUAGACGAGAUAUCGGUUAGAUCCUGAUGUUGACAGGCGCGGAGAUUGAUUGAUGUAACGGGAGGACUGGACUUAGAUGAUGGAUGUAGAUAGAUCAUCGCGGUGCAAUUUCGUGGUGAAUUUUCUACUUGAAGAAAAUUACUUGUUAACGGCAUUCGAGUUACUCCACGAGCUUCAUGACGAAGGUCGUGACGAUCAAGCUAUUCGUCUAAAGGAAGUCUUCUCCGAUCCUUCUCAUUUUCCUGUUGAUCAGAUCUCUCUCUACAGCUCUUUUGAAGUUGCAGACCCUCAAAGUUUGCUAGCAGAGAAAGAAGCAAUAGAAGAAAAGUUAGCACUUAGGGAAUAUGAACUGCGUUUAGCUCAAGAAGAUGUUACGAAACUGAAGACCGAGUUACAAAGGAAAUCAGCUUUCCAUCUGGAUAAAUUGAGUGAAUCAAGUGCGAGCAAUAACAAAAAUCAUGCAUUGGAAUUCCAUCGGCAAAAGAGAGAUGCUCUUUUCUCUACUUUAGGCCCGUUGAAGGCUAAUGAGCGUAAAGAUCUAAAUUGUGCGGUAAAGGAAUAUUUGCUGAUAGGUGGAUAUCGAUUAACUGCAAUGACAUUUUGUGAAGAGGUUACAGAUCAGAACCUAGAUGUCUGGGAAAAUUCACCAGCAUCUGUGCCUGAUGCUUUACGCCAUUACUAUUAUCAGUACCUGUCUUCAAGUUCGGACGCUGCUGAGGAGAAAAUUUCUAUGAUUCGAGAAAACGAAUCAUUACAAAAAGCAAAUGAGAGAUUAAAGUAUGAAAAAGAGAUUUUGAUGAAAAACAAAAAUUUGGCUGAAGGUCAGAUAAAUGCAUUGACGAAAUCCUUGGCAGCCACUCAUAAGGAUCUGAAGGACAAGGAAAAUCAGAUACAAGAUGUGAAGCAUGCCUGGGAGCAACAAAGGAAGGAACUAAAUGAUCACAGGGAUGAAAUCGCUUACCUGAAAAAGCACGUCGACAUAUCUGGUUCUGUACAAGAUCCGGUGACUAAUAGUGUUGACUUUGCUCAACCCCAGACAUUUGAAAAUUACAAGGAAGAAAUUAAGUCUUUGCAGAAGGAAAUUGAAAGAUUGAAGGCAGAGGAAAGAAAUAUUCCAAAUAAAGGUGAUUCUAGCUGGGCUGAAAAAGAAUCAACAUAUACUGAAGAGAAAGUUGUUGAGAUGGAUGAGAAUAAUACUCUAAUCACUCAUCCCAUGGAGCCAGCAGGACCUGUAGAAAGCAAUGUACUGUCACCGCCAGUUCAAACAUUUGACAACAGUACCCAAAAUCCUGAAGAAAAGUUAGCAGAGGCAGCUAUGAAUCUUUCAAACAGUAGUGAUGUUUUCCUGUCUGGUGGAACCAUAUCCCAACAGAAUGAGAAACUACCAUCUGAAUAUAGUGGCUUGCAUUCAAAACCAGAAACUGGACCUGCUCCAGAGAAUAUGGGUUUGGGGACGAUUCAAAUCCUUGCUGAUGCUUUGCCUAAGAUCGUUCCUUAUGUUUUGAUCAACCAUCGGGAGGAGCUUCUUCCUCUGAUAAUGUGUGCUAUUGAGCGGCAUCCAGAUAAUGCUACUCGAGAUUCAUUGACGCACACACUAUUCAAUUUGAUUAAACGUCCAGAUGAACAGCAGAGGCGAAUUAUAAUGGAUGCAUGUGUGAGCCUUGCCAAAAAUGUUGGGGAGGUGAGAACAGAAACAGAACUACUGCCCCAGUGCUGGGAGCAAAUAAAUCACAUGUAUGAGGAGCGCAGGUUGCUUGUCGCUCAAUCAUGCGGGGAGCUUGCUGAAUUUGUCAGACCCGAGAUUUGUGAUUCUCUUAUUUUAUCUAUCAUACAACAACUGAUAGAAGAUCCUGCAACUGUUGUCCGGGAAGCUGCUGCGCACAACCUGGCCUUACUACUUCCACUCUUUCCGCAUAUGGAUAAAUAUUUCAAGGUUGAGGAGUUGAUGUUCCAACUGGCCUGUGAUCCAUCCGGAGUGGUGGUUGAAACUACACUAAAAGAACUACUACCUGCAAUAAUAAAUUGGGGAAACAAGUUAGACAAUCUUUUGAGAGUUCUAAUCUCUCAUAUCUUAGCUUCUGCUGAGCGUUGUCCACCUCUUUCUGGAGUUGAAGGGUCAGUGGAGUCCCACCUGCGUGCUUUAGGUGAACAAGAGCGCUGGAAUCUUGAUGUUUUGUUAAGAAUUUUGAAUGACUUGCUUCCUUAUGUGCAUCAGAAAGCAAUUGAGACAUGCCCAUUUUCCUCUGUUUCGGAGUCAAAUGGGACAAUAUUUUCCAGCUCUGUACUUGAAUUGUAUGCAGGGGGACAUGUCGAGUGGCCUGCAUUUGAAUGGAUGCAUGUAGACUGCUUUUCUGGUUUGAUACAACUGGCUUGCAUGUUACCCCAGAAAGAGGAUAGUUUAAGAAACCGAACUACAAGGUUUUUAUUGGCUGUUUCUGAACAUUUUGGGGAGUCUUAUUCGACACACAUAAUGGUUCCUAUAUUCAUGGUAGCAGUUGGGGAUGCUGCUGAUUUAACAUUUUUCCCUCCCUACAUUCAUUCUAGAAUCGAAGGUCUGAAACCAAGAACAGCUGUGGCCGAGAGACUUUCUACUCUAGGUAUCUUGCCGCUUCUCUUAGCGGGUGUUCUAGGAUCUCCUUGUAAGCGUGAACAGUUAGCAGAGUACUUGAGGAAGCUAUUAGUUGAAGGUGCAGCGAAAGAGAAUCAGUCUACGACACACAACAAUGAUAUUGUUAAUGCUGUCCGCUUCCUUUGCACAUUCGAAGAGCAUCAUAGUUUGAUAUUUGAUAUCUUGUGGGAAAUGGUUGUUAGCUCGAAUAUAGAAUUGAAGAUCAGUGCUGCUAAUAUAUUGAAAGCCAUUGUCACAUAUAUUAGUGCAAAAGUUGCAUCCACACAUGUUCUGCCUGCCUUGAUUACCCUUGGCUCGGACCAAAGUGUGAAUGUGAAGAAUGCAAGCAUAGAUGCAUUUGGGGCUGUGGCACAACAUUUUAAAAAUGACAUGAUUGUUGAUAAAAUACGUGUUCAAAUGGAUGCUUUUCUUGAAGAUGGAUCUCAUGAAACAACCAUGGCUGUGGUCCGUUCGUUAGUUGCAGCAGUUCCAAAUACAACAGAGAGAUUUAGAGAUUAUUUUCUAUCCAAGAUUUUCCUACUGUCGAGCAUGCCUGUCUUUGCAACUGAUACGAUGUCUCGUCGACAGAGAGCUAACGCGUUUUGUGAAGCCAUUUGUGCUGUGGAUGCGACAGAAAUUUCUGAAAAUAGCAUUCGUGAUUUCCUCCUUCCUACCAUACAAAACUUAUUAAGAGACCCCGAUACAGUAGAUCCAGCUCACAAAGAGGCCCUUGAAAUAAUAUUGAAAGAAAGGUUGGGUGGAACUUUUGACGCUUUGAGUAAGGUUAUGGGAGCUCACAUCGGGAUUCCAUCAUCAAUGACUAGUUUCUUUGGUGAGGGUGGGCUGCUGGGCAAGAAAGAAAAUACUGCACCAACCAGUCCAGCUGGAUCCCUUACAGCUGGGGCAGCACCUGGACAUCCACUUGCACCCGAGGAUAACAGAUUCAUGCGCAUCAUGAGGGUCACCGACAUGCUUCGAGGCAAAGCAAAGAAUCAAGAAGAAACUCAAUAAAAUCAGUGAAAACAAGUGAGAUUCCUUCCCUAACUCCUAUAUGAGAUGAAUAAAUAUUUCAUGUCAUAUAUGAGGAUGCUAGUAGCAGUCUAGAAGAUAUCAAUUCUUUGAUUAUAAUUUUUUUUUGCCAAAGCAGCUCAUUAUCGCAUAUUAAGGAAGAAAAAUGAGAUGAGAUUAUGCAGCUGCAAUUAUUCUUUAAUCUUUCUUCUGGUAGAAACAGAGCAUUAUAUAUUUUUCGCAAUUUGUUGUUUUUCUAGUCACUGAACAUUAAUUAUUUCUGUAGUUUCUAAGGAAAAGAGUAGUCAAGUUUAAGCAAACUAGUGAAGUUAAUCCUAUUAAUGAUUGAUAUAGAUGAACUGAAUGCAAUUACCAGCUUGUUGUCUGGACAA